AUGUUUCUUCCGAAUACCUCAGAGGUUGAAGUCUCCACAUUCCUACUGAUUGGGAUCCCAGGGCUUGAGCACAUGCAUGGUUGGAUCUCCAUCCCUAUUUGCCUCAUGUACCUAAUGGCCAUCGUGGGCAACUGCACCAUCCUCUGUGUCAUCAGAACAGAGCCUUCCCUGCAUGAGCCUAUGUACUAUUUCCUCUCCAUGCUGGCCCUAUCUGACCUGGGCCUGUCUUGCUCCUCCAUCCCCACUAUGCUGAGUAUCUUCUUGUUUAAUACCAUGGGGAUUUCUGUUGAUGCAUGCAUUGCCCAGGAAUUCUUCAUCCAUGGAUUCACAGACAUGGAGUCUUCAGUGCUCCUGAUCAUGUCCUUUGAUCGCUUUGUAGCCAUUCGUCACCCCCUGAGAUAUAGCUCUAUCCUCACCAGCUCSAGAGUUGUACAAAUUGGACUAGUAUUUGCUGUUAAAAGCAUUCUCUUAGUGCUUCCUCUUCCUUUUACAUUAAAGAGACUCAGAUACUGUAAUAAACGCCUGUUAUCCCACUCCUACUGUCUCCACCAGGAUGUCAUGAAGCUGGCCUGCUCUGACAAUAAGGUUAAUUUUUACUAUGGGUUGUUUGUUGCACUCUGCAUGAUGUCUGACAGUGUAUUCAUUGCUGUUUCCUAUGUGUUCAUCCUAAAGACUGUAUUGGGUAUUGYUUCCCAUGGGGAGCGGCUCAAAGCUCUUAACACCUGUGUGUCUCACAUUUGUGCUGUGCUCAUCUUUUAUGUGCCAAUCAUCACCUUGGCUACCAUGCAUCGCUUUGCUAAGCAUAAGUCUCCCUUAGCUAUGAUUUUGAUAGCAGAUGCUUUCUUGCUGGUACCACCCUUGAUGAAUCCCAUCGUGUAUUGUGUAAAAACUAGGCAGAUUAGAGUAAAAGUCUUAGAAAAAUUGGGUCUGAAGUCUAAGUGA